AUGAAUAGUAGCGCUGUCAUGGAUGAGAGCUUUGAUAUUAACGAAAAGAUAUUGGAAAGCAUGGCUGAAUCCCAGGAUAAUAUUGCAGACGAAAAAGGAAACAUGUCCACUUCGGAAUCAGGCUUGGGCUCCACGCAGCCAGUGGCUAAAUGGUGGGAGAGCAACAAGCAUGGCUGGUUCGUUGUCAUCUCAGGCUGUCUGAUGAUGAUGUUCUCUAUGGGUUGCGUGAAUAGCUACGGGUCAUACCAGACAUACUAUCACGCGCACCAGUUUCCAGAGGAACCAACGUCAACCUUGGCAUGGAUCGGUACCCUGCAGUUUGCCGUAAUGAAUGCAGUUGGAAUUCCAGCAGGGAUUCUGUGCGAGCGGGUGGACUCGCGGCUAGUCUCCUUUGUUGGCGGGGUCAUCAUGGGGGUCUCCUUCAUCAUUGCGUCGUUCUGUGAUACCGCUGUUUGGAAGCUAAUGCUGACUCAGGGGAUUGUCUUUUCGAUUGGUGCCUCGCUGGUGUUCAUCCCGGCUGUGUCGUUCCCUUCGCAGUGGUUUGUGAAAUACCGGCCGCUCGCAGUAGGAAUCGUUCCCACAAAUAGCAUGAUCGACAGGCUGGGCUCUGGCUGGGCGCUGCGCAUUUCUGGCAUCAUCAUCAUUGCGGUCUGCUCGGUGUGCAGCAUCUUUAUGCGCAAUCGCCUCAAGCUGGAGUCGCGCGAAAAGGUUGUUGACUUUAGCGUGCUGCAUGAUGUGAGAUUCUUGUUCAUCUUUGCAGGCGCCAUCUUCUCGACUACGGGCUAUUUCACACCGUUCUUUGAUAUGCCCAUGUAUGCUUUCAAAGUCGUCGAUAUGGAUGCGUCCCUGGCCAAAAAUCUGGUCACCAUCAUCAACGCUGCAUCGACUGCUGGCCGUGUGGUGACUGGGCAGAUUGCGGUGAUCGUGGGCAACAUCAACGCGCUUCUUGUAUGCAUGUUUGUCGCCGCUCUGAGCCUGCUGGUGCUGUGGCUGCCGUUUGAGGCCACAGGAACCACUUUAGCUUGCAGCAUCAUUUACGGGUUCUUUUGCGGAGGCUUCAUCAGCCUGCUGCCGGUUAUUAUUGCCGACCUCUGGGGCGUCAGUCGUAUAGCGACAAUCAUCGGUUUGCUCUACAUUGCCACAUUCAUGGGCACUAUGAUCGGUGCUCCGUCGUCAAGCGCAAUCCUGGACAAUAUCGGUCAUGGCACGAACUUCCGUCCGACGAUUGCCUUCUCUGGGUGCUUUAUGGCGGCUUCAUUCCUAGCGUUCUGUGGCCUGCGCAUUGCCACAAACAGAAAGCUGCUGAAGAAGGUGUGA